CCUGCUGAACCGGGAGGGAGGGAGUGUCUAAGCCCUUUGGGUCGCUUAUGUAUGCUUCAGUGGAAAUUAAGUUAUGGAUUCCAACUGUCAGUAGCCGAAGUUUUCUGGAAGAGGUAGUAGAUCUGAAUCUUGGGGUGCCAGAGUGUCCAGGCCACCCUCCCUGAGAGUUUCAGCCACUUGAGUUAGCAGGACAAGUAGAAACAGCAAGGGCUAAUCCUCUGCUACCCUCUUGCCUCAUGUCUGGAGUGAAUGUGUCUGCCUAGUGGGAGGAGAGGGAGCUGUCCAGACCUUUCCUUUCCUAGCUGUCAGCCUGAGUGGGUGGUCUAGGGUUCCUGGGUCAACUGGGACCUGUGUGACCACCCAGGCCUCCCCCGUGAGGCUGGCUCAGCCCAAGGGGGCAAGUAGGAGAUGCUGGAGGCCUGGACCCAAGUCUUACCAGGUAGCAGGACCUGGAAGAGGCCCGAGAUGGGCAGAGGGCUGGUCCUUCCUCAGGCUUCGAAAGAUGCCCUCAGCCAUCUCUCAACGGUCCUCAAAAACUGUUUUCCUGGCUAGUGUGUCCCCUACUUGGCAGAGAUGGGUCGGGCAGCCAGAAGCACCAGCUUUCCUGAGACCUGACCCUCCCCCACCAUGCACGCACACAUGCACGCACACACCUUUGAUCAGGAGGUGAUUGGCUGUACUUGUGCUGAGUUCAGGCCUUCUGCAGAGGGUGAAAUCUGUUGAGGAGGCACUUUUCAGCUCCCAGCUGCCACACUCUGCACUUUUCUGUAUGAUCUCAGGAAGUCCCCAUUGUCAUUGUGCUUUGCAGUCAGGUUUGGGGGCGUCCCCUCCAGGCCCUGCUGGUGUGGGCAUGGGGCAGCUUGUAGAGAGACUAGCUGUCCUCUGGUGGUGGUCUCUUGCCCUUUGACCCUUGCUUCUUCCUUUGGCUCUUGCUUCCUUUGCCUCAUCUCCCAGUGUGAGACUUGGUGUGGUGAGGGAGUCUCUACCCAAAUGGAACCUGGGCCUUUCCUGGCCCACACUCUAGCUUCUGUAAGAUGAGUGGAAACUGUCCAACCUAUCCCACCCCACAAUUGCCUACAGUGCUCACAGCCUCCUCAGGAAGAGACUUCAGUCUGCCCUGUUCUCCAGCCCCUCUUCUCCUGCACCUAACAUGGGGAGGGUGGGGUGGACCGUGGGGGCGCACAGAAGUGAUGGGUGCGGGGCGAUUCCCCAGGCUAUGAUACAAAAAUGUCCUUGAUCGGACCGUAUCUGGAAAGCAAAGGGUGAGUUUUAGUGCUAGAGGUGCUCUUUGCUUGUGUUCCCUGGGCCCAGGCAGAGAACCAGAGAGUGGUCAGUGACUUGGGGGGCUGACUUCCUGCCUGCCUCCCGCUGAGCAGGUCCCUUGGAUGGCUGGUUGUGGGGCCCUUGUGAAAUACCUCGGUGGGUGUGGCAGGGGCACAGCAUGCUGUAAUCCAAAGCCACAGGAUGGUUACUCCAUCCGCAGCGCAGCGCAGCGCAGGCAGCUCUGCCCAGCUGGACGGCCCGCCACCGGGAAGAGUCCCUGCUCGCGUGCCCCGGGUUAUGACGACCCCGAGUAAAGGAAACAAGGCCUUGAAGGUGAAGCGGGAGCCGGGAGAGAAUGGCACCAGCCUGACGGACGAGGAGCUGGUGACCAUGUCGGUGCGGGAGUUGAACCAGCACCUGCGGGGCCUGUCCAAGGAGGAGAUCAUCCAGCUGAAGCAGCGCCGGCGCACACUCAAGAACCGUGGCUAUGCGGCCAGUUGCCGGGUGAAGCGGGUAACCCAGAAGGAGGAGCUGGAGAAGCAGAAGGCGGAGCUGCAGCAGGAGGUGGAGAAGCUGGCCUCCGAGAAUGCCAGCAUGAAGCUGGAGCUCGAUGCCUUGCGCUCCAAGUACGAGGCCCUGCAGAACUUCGCCAGGACUGUGGCCCGCAGCCCUGUGGCUCCUGCUCGGGGUCCCCUUGCCGCUGGCUUGGGACCCCUGGUCCCCGGCAAGGUGGCUGCCACCAGCGUCAUCACAAUAGUAAAGUCCAAGACGGAUGCUCGGUCAUAGGGACUUGUGCAAUUGCCAGGCGGGUCUUCGAGGGGCCACUAAGUGCAUGGCAAAGUUGGCAGCCCUGCCCCUCUUCCUCUCCUCCUUUCCUGGUCUUCUCUUCCUUUCCCUCUUUCCCCUCGUCCCUUCCCUGCAAAGCACAACCUUCUCCCCAGGGGCGCCGGGCUGAGCCCCUUUGAUCUCGUCCUUGUCAUCGUGUGUUCUGUACAUUGGGAUCGGUCAGUUCGAUGGUGAUGUUGGGUUGCCCCUCACCCCUUUGUACCAAGGCAUGUGGCUAGGAGUCCAGAGUGGGCACUGUGGGAAUGGACAAGAGCAAGUGGGCAGCUGCCCCUGGGCCCCAGGUCAGCCUCUUCCUGAGUGGCCCACAGGCGCUACUGGCUGCCAGCUUGGAAUAGAACUCAAGGGCUAGAGCUCUCCUUAGACCCAGGUGGGCAGCCCACCUUGGCCCAGCAGGAAGAUGCUUCUUGAGGGCCCUGGAUGGGUGGACCACCAGCCAGGGCCCUGCAGGCGCUGGGCCAGAGCCACGGUGCUCGAGCCUGAUGUGGUGCACUGAACAAGGCCAGAUCGCUGGUGGUGACCGAGCGUGGAGGGCGUGUCAGUGUCCUGCGGUGGUUCCGUGUCACUGUUUACAUGACCUAUUUGUGUGGUUAUAUAGCCCUUUAUUUAAGAGAGAAAUUCCUUUUAUGAAGUUAUUAAAUUAUAUGUUUAAGAGCUAAAGAGAAAAAAAAAAGAGCUGCAGAGUAUUUAUAAAACUGUCUUUAAAAAAAACCAAGUAAGAACGUUUGACUGUAAAAAUGAAAAAGGGAAGAAAGUAUAAGAGAGACUUUUACUAGUUUAAAA